AUGUGUAAAAUAUGUAAAACACGCAGAUUAUCUAGCAAACCUUUAGCCAUAAGACCUAUUAUUAGCAAGUUUUUUAUACAACGGCUUCAGAUUGAUCUUAUAGAUAUGCGAACUAGAAGAGAUAGUGAAUUUAAAUGGAUAGCACAUGCCAGAGAUCAUUUCUCACAUUUUUCCUGGGACCGUAUUCUUACUGAUAAAUGUGUAGCAAAGGUGGCUGUGUUCUUGUUUGACAUCUUUACUGUAUUUGGACUGCCGAUCUUUCUUCAAAGUGAUAAUAGACAUGAGUUCACUGCAGAUAUUAUUAACAAUCUCUCAAAACUCUGGCCAAAUCUUAAAAUAAUCCAUGGAAAGCCGAGAAGACCACAAACCCAAG